GACCCCCCUCCCACACGCACGCACCCACCCCACGCGCAUGCAAACCCACCCCCUUCCCCGUUAUUGCGCGGCUGGACUAAACUCGCCUUUUGGCUUCGCGAGUCCAGCGGGGACGGAGGAGACGCAGGCGCCUGUCUCUCUCGCUGCUAGUGUGAAUGAAAUCGGAGCGAAAGAAAAAGUGACUGUCCAGCCGGGAUUUAAAGGAAGAGAAGCGCGAGGACGAAGAAGAAGGGGGAGGGCGCGACUCUGAGCGGCGCGCUUUUCCGCUGUUCCCCAAAGGGGCGCACCCGAGAGACCAAAGAGCGCGCAAGCGGCAGAACAGGGGCAGUUGCCGAGAGGCGCUAUGGCGAGGCUCUGGAAAGCGAAGGCAGCGGCCGCUGGAGCGCUUUUACUUUUGCAGUGCUUGGCCGAGCGGGUACUGUUCGUCGGAGCCGUGAAGCCGAAGCAGAGUCUCGGUGCAUUUUAUGAAAUGGUUCAGAGCUUCCCUCGAGUGGAGGAAAAUGUGCACAUGGACUCCUACAGAUAUAGCCACAGAUGGAAACGACAUUCGGAGUUGCUCAAAUCAGUGGACACCAACAGAGCCAGCAUAGGACAGGACUCCUCAGAACCUGGAGGUUUUACAGAUCUACUUCUUGAUGACACGCACGAUAACACUACGCAAAUUGAGGAGGACAUGGAUCACAAUUACUACACUUCAAGGACAUACAGCCCAUUUGAUUCUACCAGCCGAGACUUGUGGGUAAACAUUGAUAAAAUGGAAAAAGAUAAGGUGAAGAUUCAUGGAAUCCUCUCCAAUACUCACCGACAAGCAGCAAGAGUGAAUCUGUCCUUCGAUUUUCCAUUUUAUGGCCAUUUCCUACGUGAAAUUACUGUGGCAACUGGGGGGUUUAUCUACACAGGAGAAGUUGUGCAUCAGAUGUUAACAGCAACACAGUAUAUUGCACCCUUGAUGGCCAAUUUUGACCCCAGUGUAUCAAGAAACUCAACUGUAAGGUACUUUGAUAAUGGCACUGCACUAGUUGUUCAAUGGGAUCAUGUACAUCUACAAGAUAACUACAAUCUAGGAAGUUUCACUUUUCAGGCAACUCUUCUCAAUGAUGGCCGUAUAAUUUUUGGCUAUAAAGAGAUUCCUGUCUCAGUGACCCAGAUAAGCUCAACUAAUCAUCCUGUUAAAGUGGGGCUGUCAGAUGCAUUUGUGGUUGUCCACAGGAUCCAGCAAAUUCCCAAUGUUCGUAGAAGAACAAUAUAUGAGUAUCACAGAGUGGAGCUUCAGAUGUCAAAGGUCACCAAUCUGUCAGCUGUAGAGAUGAUUCCUCUGCCCACUUGUCUUCAGUUUAAUAGCUGUGAAUCCUGUAUCAUAUCUCAGAUUGGCUUCAACUGCAGCUGGUGCAGUAAACUCCAAAGGUGUUCCAGUGGAUUUGAUCGUCAUCGCCAAGACUGGGUAGAUAGUGGCUGCCCUGAAGAGUCUAAAGAUAAGAUUUGUGAGAAUAUAAACACAACUCAAAUGCCUCUUCACAUAACCACUGCUCUACAGCAAACUACAAUGAGAUUCAGAGUUUUAACAACUGCCAAAGGAGCCAUGACAUCACAUCUGCCAACUAGUCUACCCACAGAAGAUGAUACCAAGAUAGCUCUACACCUAAAAGAUAAUGGAGCCUCUACAGAUGACAGCGCAGCAGAGAAGAAAACCGCCACUCUUCACACUGGCUUGAUUGUUGGGAUUUUCAUACUGGCCCUGGUAGUAGCUGCGGCAAUCCUGGUGAUUGUUUAUAUGUAUCACCAUCCCACCUCAGCAGCCAGUCUCUUCUUCAUUGAGCGUCGCCCAAGCAGAUGGCCUGCAAUGAAAUUUCGGAGAGGAUCUGGACACCCCUCGUAUGCUGAAGUGGAACCGGUCGGUGAGAAGGAAGGCUUCAUUGUAUCGGAGCAGUGCUAGGAUUAUUCUGUGACAAAUCACCAGUACUGGCCUACUGGUGUGAGAUGUUUACUCUGCCUCUCAUUUAAAAAAAGGAACUUGAAGCUGCUGUAACCCAAGGAAAACAGGAUGAACUUCUGGAGAAACCUUCUCAAAGGGGGGGAAAAAAACUAUAUGAUGACCCUUUACAGAGUGUUUUGUUUCAGAGCCAUCUGGCAUACAAUACUUCAGAAACUUGCCUCCAAAACCCCUACAGUCUGAGAAUAAUGGACACAUUUGCCAUGUUCUUGGUUUCAAGAAAGCGAUAUAGAGUAAUCCAGAAAAUGUACCAACAGCUUUAGUUCAGAACAGUGCUUCCCUAUUUGAUGCAGUACAGUAGUUUUUGUUUUUAACUUACAAGGGGUUACUUUUCAUGCCCGGAGGCAAUCCCAUAAUUGAUUAAUCUGCUGGUGAGAUCAAUCUGAUGCAAAUAACAUAGGUUAGGCAUUUUCUGUACUUCCAUGAGUACUAUCACUUUGAUUUUCCAAUACAUAGAUAUAAAAUAUAAUCAGAAAUAGAAAAGAGUUUCUUGUAUUCUGUAGGCUUAUACCUUUGAACUGUAAUUGUUUAAUCACAACUAUAGGUCUAUAGUUGACAAAGCACUAGAGAGAUUUGGGGUUUUAAAGAAAAACAAAGAUGAAGAAGAAGCAAGAAUGUUUUUCACUAUGGUGAAAUUAGCCUGCCCAAGUGGACUAUAUAGUGAAAUUGGACUAAUAUUCAGUUUCAAUAUUCACAGGAGGGAGAUUGGGGUGCACAGGUAUGCAUCACUUAGCUAGGAAUAAAUCCUGUUGAGCUCACCGGGACUUGUUGCUGAAUAACUGCACAGAGGGGUUUAAGAAAAUCAAGAUGAUGGCUACACCACAGGCACAAUGCUUGUAAAGAGAGGUGCGGCUUCAAUCGCACAGUUACAGCUGCCAUCUUAACUUUUGGGAAUCCCCCUGCAGAUGCCCCUGGCACAUAAGACUGGGCUUCUGGCUUUGGGAAUAUUGUUUAUAUUCCAGGAAAGUGGUUUAAAACAGAAGUGGUGGGUGAUUGAGUGAUACUGGAAAAAAACAGCCUUAGAACACAGGAAAUGGAGAAAAUACAGUAUCCCCAUAUCUAUAUCUUGCCAUUUUUUCACAGUUCUCUCAAGAGCAGCAUUACUGCACCACUGCACUUCUUCCCUAGACAGACAUGAAACAUGUUUCAGUCCUUACAGAUUCAUGUAGAGAUAUUGUUUAAUGCACAUAGUAGCUGCAUAAAUAUAUAUAUAAAAAUAUAUAAAAAUAUAUAUAUAUUUUUAUCGCUAACACAAGGCAGGCUCUUGUGGCUGUUGAGAGUGCUUCUUUUUUUGUCAUCCUGGAGAUGGAAAUAGGUGGCAUUGCUGCAUAUUUCCACUGUGUUGUAAAAUAGUCCUUAAUAUUAAAAUAAAUGUUUAUGUUGCAUAGGGGAAAGUGGUUCACUUAAUUGCAGUGUGCUAACUUUGACUGCCUUUCAGAGCCACAGUUUAACAACAAAACAAAACCCUUUCCCACUCUCAGUGGGGAAAAAUAUUUUUUACAAACUCCCAAUGAAAUAAUUCUUUGGAUGGAAAGGGGAAAGGUAUACUGAGCUCCUAAAAAUUUUAUUCAGAUUUUAUUCCAAUGUUGCGUGGACAUUGCUUUGCCAUAUUUUUACACAUAUAGCAGCAGCACCUGGUUCAGGGUCGGCUACUAUCUGCAGCUUCAGGUUUUGGGUUGUUCAGUCACUUUCUCAGACACCAUCUUCAUAACACCGUCCUUUACAUUUUCUUAUCAAUACAUCUAUGGUUCUUGUUUUUAAAAAACAACAGACUAUAACACCAUGAUUUUUACUUGUUAUUUCCUUCAGUAAAUAAUAGAAUUCUGUA